UCUGCGGCGUUGGCUAUAUUUAUCUCUGGGCCCAUGCCAGCGGGGAGGGUUUAUAUGGCACCCAGCAGUUGGCGUGAGGGGCUGCAGGAGCUUGGGGACCGGUGGCAGGGACGAGUCUUUUCCGACCCGAUGGAGCUGUAUGAGACAUCCCCCUAUUUCUACCAGGAGCCCCACUUCUAUGAUGGGGAAAACUACCUGCCCGUCCACCUCCAGAGCUUCGAGCCCCCGGGCUAUGAGAGAACUGAGCUUAGCUUGAGCCCGGAAGCCCGGGGGCCCCUGGAGGAAAAGGGCCUGGGGACCCCCGAGCACUGUCCGGGCCAGUGCCUGCCGUGGGCGUGCAAGGUGUGUAAGAGGAAGUCGGUGUCGGUGGACCGGCGCAGGGCGGCCACGCUGAGGGAGAAGCGCAGGCUCAAGAAGGUGAACGAGGCCUUCGAGGCCCUGAAGAGGAGCACGCUGCUCAACCCCAACCAGCGGCUGCCGAAGGUGGAGAUCCUGCGCAGUGCCAUCCAGUACAUUGAGCGCCUGCAGGCCUUGCUCAGCUCCCUCAACCAGGAGGAGAGAGACCUCCGCUACCGAGGCGGGGGCGGGCCCCAGCCCGUGGUGCCCAGUGAAUGCAACUCCCACAGCGCCUCCUGCAGUCCAGAGUGGAGCAGCGCACUGGAGUUCGGUCCCAACCCUGGAGAUCAUCUGCUUGCAGCUGACCCUACAGAUGCCCACAACCUGCACUCCCUCACCUCCAUCGUGGACAGCAUCACAGUGGAGGAUAUGGCUGUUGCCUUCCCAGAUGAAACUAUGCCCAACUGAGAUUGCCUGCCAGGCUGGGUGUCCGUGUGUGAGCCCCCAAGUUGGUGUCAAAGGCCACCACUUCUGCCUCAGGGGCCUUUUAAGCGAGGUUGUCCUGGUGCCAAAAAAAAAACAAAAACAAAAACAAAA